GAUUUUCAAUGGUCCGAUUCGUGUCCAAUAACACUAUUUUCAAUGAAUAACACCGGUAGUGUCUACCGCUUUCCGUGCAGUUUUCGGACAAGGUAGGUGUACUAGAACUAGGCCAGUGAUUCUCAAACUUUCCUGAUCCGUGGCCUUCUACUGGCCCGCCGCUCUUCUAUAAAAAUACCUAGUUCGCAUUACCGCGUUUCCAUCAGCUAUUUCAUUUGCCACGUUUGAUAACAAAAGCCAACAAACUAAAACAAAAAUGGAUGUAUUACAGCCAAAGAUCUAAACAAAUUACAGUCAAUUUGCUUUAAAUUAUUGUAGAUGUCGCGAAUAGCAACUAGUUAAUCUCUCAUUGGCCCUCUUGGGCGCAGCACUAAAAUAUCCGCCCAGAUCUCUUUUACAGUGUUUUUAUUUAUCCGUUUGCUUUGGUUUUCGAGAGACUAUAAUCCAAACGAGACUAGUCAGGUGAUAUCGCAUAAUUGUGACGUAACAAUAAAAUAAUUUUCAAGCGAAUUUCUAAAUUAAAUUCAAUUUCUUUAUAUGAAUCGUAAGCGAUAAAACCAACGGUUAUUUAUUCGCUUUCGUUCGAGGCUAUGCCGAAAAUUAGUAAGAUGGAGAGAGAUAGUUACAAUGAGGAGGAGGGAGAGAAAAGUAAUGAAGUCAAUUUUGAUGAACCAAAAAAGAAGAAAAAGAAAAAAGAAUACAAACUCUGCAAUUGGAUACGUGGAGCAUUUCUGUUAUGCUUUGGCUGUUUCUGGGAUUCAAAAGAUGAAGAAAACGAUUCUACAUCAGUUCAUAACUUCGAUCACGCGGACGAAGAUGGAAGGGAUAAUGUCAGCCUUGCAUCGACAAAUUCUUUGCAAUUUCUUCAUGGUACAAAGAGAAAAACGAAGAAAAUCAUAAAGGAUAACAAAUACGCGGGACUCCCGAUGAUGGAAGCAGAGAGAACCCAUUCAUUUGAGAAUAUACCUGGCGCUGUAGUCGACGAAAAAGAAUUGGUCGUGUCGAAGAUUGAGGGAAAAUCAAGACUUCGACGACCGAAAACAGCGCCAGCUAAUCGGAGAGAACCUGCGACAAGUCAUUUUCCUCCGGUGGCAUUCUGGACACCUGUCGAUAUAAAACAAGGCCAGAUUUACCACAUCAAUCGUCAACUUCCUGAUUUGAAGCAGCACAUACAAGCAUGCAUCGAAGCACGAAGGAUUGGGGGUAGACGUUUGAAACCACUGAAAGUUCCACAUACGAGUAGAUACAGGAACCUUCAGGGCAAUACCAGAAGAAUGAGACCGAAGACUGCGCCAUCUAUUCGGGAACAGAAACCGUAUUUACCACCGGUAUCAUUUUGGACUCCAAUUGAGAUCAAGGAUAUAUAUAAGAUAAACCAUGAUCUUCCCAAUUUGCAAGAGUGUGCCAGAGCUCGCCCAAAGUCACGAAGGGGCAAGAGAAAGCGGAAAGCGAGAAAGUCAGCAUCGGUGGAAGAUCAGAAGAUCAAAGCAGAUGUCAAGGCUACACUUGCAAACUUAGUCGACCAAGUUGUGAUGUUGGAAGAAAUUAGAAAUGACGUGUCUAACGUCAUGGAUUCCAUGUUGAACGAAAUCACUCAGGAAGAGGAUAUCCGUGAUAUACUGGAAAGUCCUGUUGAUUUUUAGUAACACAGGACAUGUUAAAUCUUGAUGGAUGAAAGCUGGAAUGCUUUUUAUAUCAAUAACAUUUAUUUAUUUCGCUUUGUUUUUUAUAAUAAAAACCUUAAAAACCAGA